UUUUGUUUAUGCAGCUUCAAGUAGACUCUUCCACGAUGCAGUAAUGACCAGGUUCCUUUUUCUACUUCCUGUAAGAAUCAUAAAUUUCUGCUGCAUCUGGGAGAUGUGAAGUGAGACUGGCUGGGAACUAGACUGAAGUAUCUGUGUGUAGACACGAUAAUUUCUACACCUUCAGGAUGAAUGGGGAUAUGCCUCAUGUUCCCAUCACCACACUUGCUGGGAUUGCUAGCCUCACUGAUUUAUUGAAUCAGCUUCCACUUCCCUCCCCGCUGCCUGCUACCACAACGAAAAGCUUGCUGUUUGGAGGGAGAAUUGCUGAAGAUGUAAAUUGCCUCAUGGGUUGUAGGGAUGAGAGUCUUGUCUCACAGCUAGUACACAGCCUCAGCCAAGUCUCCACCGAUCAUAUAGAACUGAAGGAUAAUCUUGGUAGCGAUGACCCAGAGGGUGAUAUUCCAGUCCUCCUGCAAGCUGUUUUGGCUAGAAACCCCAAUGUCUUCAGGGAGAAAAGCAUGCAGAAUCGAUAUGGGGUUCAGAGUGGUAUCAUGCAACAACAGAUCAUCCAACACCAACAAUACAAACUACCCCAGAAUUCCAUACAUGGGAGCCCUGCAUCCUCCACUUUUCAGCAGUCCACAAUCUCGCACAGUCCUUCCAGUCGAUUUGUACCACCUCAGUCAAGUUCAGCCAACAGAUAUAUGACUCAGCAGAACAGUCCUGCGCCUAGUCCGUAUGCUCCCCAGAGUCCUCCAGGUUACAUCCAAUAUCCACAACACCCUCCAAGCUAUACACAACAUCAACAGAUACAACAAGAGUUGCAUGGUUCCCCUCUGGUAUCAGGUCCUACGUAUUCUGGGAGUCCUCAGAGACCUGUGCAACCCUGUUUGAUAGUCCAGACUCAGCCUUCUCCUCAGCAGCAACAGUCAACCUCCACGCUAGCUUCUGUAUCAAGCCCUAUGAUUCCCAGUGGCAUGCGGAAUAUUCAUGAUAGUAAAGUGGCAAGUCAGAUGUCGGGCUCCUCAUCUAAUCACCAUUCAGAUAAUUCAAGACAUGGAUCGAAUGAGGACUAUAUACACAUGGUGCAUCGGCUUGGAUCAGAGUUACUGUCCUUUUCAAGUCUGGCAGGAAGCACACCAUUGGAAUGUGAGAUUGCAUCCAGGCCGCCUCUGAUCUUGCAGUCGCCGCCUCCUUACACCUCUCCCAGAGAUGCCCCACCUGAUAUUCUGCUCGACUCCCCAGACAGGAUGGGAAGCAAGAAGAAAACUAAAAAGGCUAAGCUCACCAAGGAGGAAAAAGAACAGGCAGAUAAGACUGCUAUGUAUGACAUUGUCAGCUCUCCAUCUAAAGACUGUACAAAACUCACUUUGAGGCUGACUCGGGUUCGAGAUCAGCAGGAUGACAUGCUCCCAAACAUGGACAGCAGUACAGAAAAUGAGGCAGAAUUGAACAAUAUACAGUUCCCAGAACAGACUGCAAAACAGCCAGGGACUCAUAAUGAUAUCCAUGGCUCAAUGAAUGUUUCUGCUCAAUGUGUGCCUCAACAGGAGCAGGCCUUCCUUCAAGCGCAGCAGGGCACUGCCUUACAACAGAACAAUGCAAUUGGAACAGUGAAAACAGCACAGACACAGCCACAGCCACUACAGCAACAAUCACAACAGACAAUGACACCAUACGAUGAGGUAGAGUUGGAUGCUUUAGCAGAAAUUGAACGGAUAGAACGAGAGUCUGCCAUGGAGAGAGAGAGAUGUUCCAAGGAGGUACAGGAUAAAGACAAACCCUUAAAGAAACGGAAACAAGACUCAUUUCCUCAAGAGACUGCUGGAGGAGGUGGGGGUGGUGCGAAUAGACCAGCGCUUUUGGUCAGUAUUGAUCUACAACAUGCAGGAAGAACUGAUGGACAGGCAGCCCCUCCUUUAGAUUCAGAAAAUGUGAAAAAGUCUUUGGAGUUAGUACGGCAGAGUACUGAAGUGUCAUUAACGCGGCAAGAUGAUACUUUGGGGGUAUUAAAGCCUAAGCCAGAAAAUCACCCAGAUAUUUCCAGGAGAAAAUCUGAAAAUGAAGGGCAAAAAGACACCAGCAGGCCUGAUGUGAUCAAACCAAGACCAGAAACUCCAAAACAGAAAAGUGAGAUCCGGCCUGAGACACCGAAGGGAAAACAUGACAACAGGCGAGAUGUGGCUAAAUCAACUCCAGAAAAGAGACUUGAAAUAUCUAAACACAAGCAUGAGGGCAAAUCUGAACAUACAAGAAUGAAAGCUGAGAGUCGAUCAGAAACGCCAAAGCCACGCCAUGAGGGACGACAGAGUUCAGACAUUCCCAAAGAUAAGCGAGAGCUAAAUCAGGAAACCCAGAAACAGAAGUCAGAUGAGAAAAAUGAUUCUGAGCGAGGAAAACUAGAUGCAUCAAAAGUCAGGAGACCAGAUACCCCAAAAUUAAUAAAAAAUGAGUCUGAUUGCAAACCACCUCGAAAUGAGACUCCUAAAAAUAACCAGACAGACUGUUCAAAAUCAGUGAAAAUAGAAAAAAAAGCACGUUCCGAUUCAGGGGAUCGAGGAGAUCGUGGUGACCGAAGUGAGCGACGUUCACCAGAAGAACACCGGUUGCGGUCAGAAAGCCCAAGGGUCAAACAGGAUAACAGGGAGUCUGGAAAAAUAAAGUCUGAAAUGAAAGAUCGAACUGCAUUGAAACAGAGUAGAAGAUCAGACGUUCCAGCAGGAUCAUUGAGCAGUAAGGAUAGGGAUGAGCGAAGAUCGGAGGGGAGCAAAGUGAAACCAGAGACACUCAACACACUUUCUGAUAAAGAAAAGUUCCCAAGCUAUCUACUGGGGGGAGGAAGGUCCAAUGCACUAAAAAACUUUGUAAUUCCAAAAAUUAAACGAGAUAAAGAUGGUAAUGUUUGUAAUGAGCAGAAGGAAUUGAGAAAGUCAGUGGAUAAAAAUGAAUUAAAGUUGAAAGUGGAAAAGAUGGAUCUAGUGGAGGACCUGAAGAAAGUAAUCAAACCUGUUGUGGUUCUUCAUAAGUUGCCCUUUGAUGAAGUGCAGAAAUUUAUCAAGGACAACGAAGACAAAAAUGCAUCAAGAAGUUCCAGCAAAUCUAAGAGUCGAUUGCCCUCCAAGCCAAGUAAAGGUGGUAUUGACCAAUCGGUGUUGAAGGAGCUGCCCCCUGAUCUCCUUGCUGAGAUAGAAUCUACAAUGCCACUUUGUGAACGUGUCAAAAUGAACAAACGGAAGCGCAGUACAGUGAAGGAAAAGCCAAACUAUGCAGAAAUCAGCUCAGAUGAGGGUGAUAAUGACAGUGACUUUGAAUCUUCCAGGAAGAGGCACAAGAAGGAUAGAGGAAUGGAUAAAGCCUGGGAAUGUGAAGAACGUGACCGUCGGAUUCUAAAUGAAAUCCGAAGAAGCAGCUAUUCUAUUGAAGGCAGACGUAGCUCAGGAAGCAGAUAUCGGGAGUGCAGCCCUGGAUCAGAGGAGGAUUCCCCCCCUCCCAGUCUUAUUGAUAUUGCCAAAAAGAUGAGAAAAAGAGAAAAACAAAAGAAGAGGAAAGCAUAUGAGCCUAAACUUACUCCUGAAGAAAUGAUGGAUUCGUCAACAUUCAAACGAUUCACAGCUACAGUGGAAAACAUCUUGGAAAACCUGGAGGAUAUGGAUUUUACUACAUUAGGUGAAGAUGAUGAGUUACCUCAGGAGUUGUUGUUAGGCAAACAACAGCUCAACGAAUUGAGCAGCGAAUCUGCCAAGAUCAAAGCUAUGGGCAUCAUGGACCGGCUUCCAACAGACAAGAUGGUGAAGGUGCUAAGUAUUUUGGAAAAGAACAUACAGGAUGGGGCCAAGCUUUCCACUUUGUUCAACCAUGUUUCAUCCAUGGGAAUUACACCUUUCUUUGUGGAAAAUGUUAGUGAAUUGCAGCUGUGCGGCAUCAAGUUGGUGACGGCUGUGUUCUCAAGGUAUGAAAAGCACAGACAGUUGAUAUUGGAAGAGAUGUUUGCCUCACUUGCAAAACUCCCAACAAGUAAGAGGAGUCUAAGAAAUUUCAGGUUAAACAGCAGCGACAUGGAUGGAGAGCCACUCUUUAUUCAGAUGGUGACUGCCUUAGUUUUGCAGCUGAUUCAAUGUGUUGUACAUCUUCCAACCACAGAGAAAGAUUCCAACACUGUUGAUGACGAUGGAGACAAGAAGGUUGAUCAAGAUGUCUUAAUUACCAACUCAUAUGAAACAGCAAUGAGAACGGCCCAGAACUUUCUAUCAGUCUUCCUCAAAAAGUGUGGAAGUAAGCAAGGAGAAGAAGACUACAGACCACUCUUUGAGAACUUCGUUCAAGAUCUCCUUUCCACAGUUAACAAACCAGAGUGGCCAGCAGCAGAAUUGUUGCUAAGUCUCUUGGGAAGAUUACUGGUUCACCAGUUCAGUAACAAGUCGACAGAGAUGGCUCUCCGAGUAGCUUCUCUUGAUUACCUGGGAACCGUGGCAGCACGGCUGAGGAAAGAUGCUGUAUCCUGCAAAAUGGACCGGGAGUCAAUUGAUCGGAUACUCAAACAGGUUUCAGGGAUAGAAGAUGAAGUUCAGCAGCUGCAGAAAGCAUUGCUGGAUUACCUGGAUGAGAAUACAGAGACUGACCCCUCGCUAAUGUUCGCUAGGAAGUUUUACAUUGCACAGUGGUUUCGUGACACUACAAUGGAGACAGAAAAGGCAAUGAAGUCACAGAAUCAGAAAGAUGACGAUUCCUCAGAUGGAGCACAACAUGCUAAGGAGGUAGAAUCUACAGGCGAGAUCAUGCAAAGAGCAGAAAAACGCAAGAAGUUUCUUCGCUCUGUCAUCAAAACUGCCCCAGCUCAAUUUAGCACGCUGAGAAUGACCUCUGCUAAUGUAGAUUAUGAAGAUGCCUGUCUGAUUGUCCGGUACUUGGCCUCCAUGAGGCCGUUUGCACAGAGUUUUGAUAUUUAUUUGACACAGAUUCUGCGUGUACUAGGAGAAAGUGCGAUCGCUGUACGAACAAAGGCUAUGAAGUGUCUAUCUGAGGUAGUUGCUGUGGAUCCCAGCAUUCUUGCAAGGUUGGACAUGCAACGCGGGGUCCACGGGCGCCUGAUGGAUAAUUCCACAAGUGUGCGUGAAGCGGCUGUGGAGUUACUAGGUCGCUUUGUGCUGAGCCGACCUCAACUCACUGAGCAGUAUUACGACAUGUUGAUCGAGAGGAUAUUGGACACUGGUAUCAGUGUGAGAAAGAGAGUUAUCAAGAUUCUACGUGACAUCUGCAUUGAGCAACCAACCUUCUCUAAAGUGACUGAGAUGUGUGUGCGAAUGAUUCGUAGAGUCAAUGAUGAAGAGGGCAUUAAGAAACUGGUGAAUGAAACAUUCCAGAAACUCUGGUUCACUCCCACUCCUUCUCACGAUGCUGAAGGGAUGACACGGAAAAUCCUAAAUGUCACAGAUGUGGUCGCUGCUUGCAGGGACACUGGGUACGAUUGGUUUGAGCAGCUUCUUCAGAAUUUGUUGAAAUCUGAGGAAGAUGCUUCAUACAAACCCGUGAAGAAGGCCUGUGUGCAAAUAGUGGAUAAUCUGGUGGAACACAUUCUGAAAUAUGAAGAAUCCCUUGCAGAUUCAGAUAGUAAAGGCAUGAAUACCAACUGUCUUGUGGCUUGUUUAAUUACGUUAUACCUGUUCAGCAAAAUCCAGCCUCAUCUCAUGGUGAAACAUGCAAUGACUCUUCAGCCGUACCUUACCACAAAGUGCAAUACACAAAGCGACUUCCUCGUCAUCUGCAAUGUGGCAAAGAUUUUGGAACUGGUUGUUCCAUUGAUGGAGCAUCCAAGUGAGACCUUCUUGGCCACAAUAGAGGAAGAUCUCAUGAAACUUAUCCUUAAGCAUGGAAUGACGGUUGUUCAACACUGUGUGAGCUGUCUGGGAGCUGUAGUCAACAGAGUAACUCACAACUUUAAAUUUGUGUGGGCCUGUUUUAAUAGGUAUUAUGGUGCUCUAACAAAACUGAAGGCGCAACACCAGGAGGAUUCCAGCAACACUGCUCUCGUUGGCAAUAAACCUGCCCUUCUUCGCUCCCUUUUUACUGUUGGUGCAUUGUGCCGUAACUUUGACUUUGAUCAGGAGGAGUUUAAAGGCAACACUAAGGUGGUUAUCAAAGAGAAGGUGCUGGAACUUUUGCUGUACUUCACAAAACAUGAAGAUGAGGAAGUUCAGACCAAAGCAAUCAUAGGGUUGGGUUUUGUAUUCAUACAGCAUCCAGAUCUGAUGUUUGAACAAGACGUAAAGAAUUUGUACAACAAUAUUCUUCGAGACAAAGAAGCCUCAAUUGGCCUGAAAAUCCAGGUACUGAAGAAUCUUCAGACAUACCUGCAGGAGGAAGACUGUCGGAUGCAACAAGCUGAUAAAGAUUGGAAGAAGGUGUCAAAACAGGAAGAUCUAAAGGAGAUGGGUGAUAUUUCCUCAGGGAUGAGCAGUUCCAUCAUGCAGCUCUACCUCAAACAGGUUCUGGAAGCUUUUUUCCACACGCACUCUCCUGUGCGCCACUUUGCACUUAAUGUUAUUGCUCUGACGCUAAACCAGGGAUUGGUCCACCCUGUCCAAUGUGUGCCAUAUUUGAUUGCCAUUGGAACAGACCCAGAAUCAGCAAUGCGCAACAAAUCAGAUCAACAGCUGGUGGAAAUAGAUAAAAAGUACACAGGAUUUGUACAUAUGAAAGCAGUAGCAGGGAUGAAGAUGUCUUACCAGCUUCAACAGUCCAUCCAGUCUGAGAUAAGAGAGUUAAUCCGUGGGUUUAGGCAGGAAGAGAAUGUGACAGCUUUGUGUUCACAUCUCUACAGCAUGAUAAGAGGAAACCGACAACAUCGACGUGCAUUCCUUAUCGCCUUACUCAACCUGUUUGAUGACAGUGCGAAAACUGAGGUGAACCUGCUUCUUUACAUAGCGGACAACUUGGCCUGCUUCCCUUUCCAGACGCAAGAGGAGCCUCUGUUUAUUAUGCACCACAUUGACAUUACGCUUUCAGUUUCUGGAAGUAAUCUGCUGCAGUCGUUCAGGGAGUCUCUAUUGAAAGACACACAGCCGAAGGAAAGGAAAUGCUCGAGCUCUGGGGACAGUGAUAGUGAGGAUGAGAUGCAGCGGCCUCGCAAGUCUAGGAAACGUAUCAACUCUGAUUCAAGUGAUGAUGAGGAUGAUGAUCUGGAAGAUGUGCUCGCUCGAUUGCCUGCAGACUCGACCCCUCUUGUGGAGUUUGUGAAUGCUUCUCAGGGAAUCCUAUUGCUGUUGGUCCUGAAACAACACCUGAAGAACUUGUAUGGCUUCUCGGAUAGUAAAAUCCAAAAAUAUUCUCCUUCUGAAUCUGCGAAAGUGUAUGACAAGGCAGUAAACAGGAAAUCAGGAGUGCACUUUAACCCCAGGCAAACACUGGAUUUCCUGAGAAAUGGAGUAGGACAUGCAGAAAUAACAGAAACAGUGAAGAGAAAUAUCGUCAAACAGUACUUGGAUUUCAAAACGCUGAUGGAACACUUGGAUCCAGAUGAAGAAGAUGAAGAUGGUGAAGUGUCUGCUAGCACUGCAGCCCGUAAUAAGGCAAUCAAUGCACUUCUUGGAGGAAGCAGCCCAAAAAACAAUGCAGAAACCGAUGAUGAGGAGAGUGAUGGAGAGGAGCGAGCAGGUGGAGGCAUUGCAGGGGCAACCAGAAGAUCUAAACGAUUGUCUGAGCCAGGGGAUCUUGGAGCUCAGCUGCAUGAAGCUGUGGAAGUAAUGGAUGUGAUUGCCAUCUGCUGCCCUAAAUAUAAAGACCGGCCACAGAUUGCGAGAGUUGUGGAAAAGACCAGCAGUGGUUUCAGUGUUCAUUGGAUGGCCGGUUCAUAUAGUGGCUCUUGGACAGAGGCUAAACGCAGAGAGGGCCGCAAACUGGUGCCUUGGGUUGACAGUAUCAAAGAGUCGGACAUCAUUUACAAGAAAAUUGCUCUGACAAGUGCAAAUAAGCUGACUAACAAAGUUGUUCAGACUUUACGAUCGCUGUAUGCAGCAAAGGAAGGAUCUUCCUGCUAACACAACUAAAACUGCAGCCAAAUUCACAGCAGUGAGAAUAAACUUGGGGCUAAAAGACCAUAUUCUGACAACACUUAUAAAAUGAAUGGUUUCACAGUCUGCAGAACUCUACUAGGAUUCAGACAAGGAGACAAACGAGAAGAAAGAGCAAUUGUCAGAUACCAUUUUCUUGUGGGAGCUUCCUUCGCUGUUGUACAGCCGAACCUUCUUGAUUGAUUUUAACUCCCACUGUAUUAUAGUUUAACAAAACAAAAAAUUGUUUAUAUCUUGGAAAAAGAAUUCUGUUUAAAAAUAAAAGUUAAGUGAAUGUUGGAAUUUAGUCUGUUAAUGUUCUUAAUAAAGUGUUCUUGGAGUUUAACCUAGCAGCAAUGGCUUUCUUUAGUGUAGCAGAAGUUCCAGAGAGAAGUUAUUUUACAGGAUGUACAAUGCCAGACUGUGCUGGAUAUAAUUUAUUCUAAUGAAAGCAUGCAGUAUCUGUGACCUACAUGGGAGAUUUUAUUUGAUUUUUUUUGUUUUGUAAAUGUAGAUUUAAAUGUAUUAGGGUCACUCUGGCAAAACAAGAAAAAAAGGGAUCCCCAGCCAAAACAAACUGGCGGAACAAAUACUGCAAUAAAUUUUUUACCUCUCUUUGUUA